AUGGGAGAAUCCUCUUUCCUGGCCACUUGGGUCAAAAGUUGUGCCAUUAUGAUGGAUGAGCAGGAGGCGCUGCAGUCAAUCAUGCAGGACCUGGCAGAACUUCACCGGUCCAGUCGUCCUGCUGGGUUCCUGUCGGACCUAGGCAAACCCAAAGCCUCCUCUCCCAAGAACUUGAAUGACGUCAGAGUGAAAUUCGAAUUCAAAGGAGAGAAGAGGAUUUUGCAAUUCUCUCGGCCCAUCAAGUUGGACGACCUGAGAGAAAAAGCAAAGGUGGCUUUCGGUCAGGCUAUGGACCUUCACUACAGCAACAACGAGCUGGUGAUUCCGCUUACCGUUCAAGAUGACCUGGACAAGGCCGUGGAGCUGCUAGAUCGAAGUGUUCACAUGAAGAGUCUGAAAAUCCUCCUGGUGUUGCAGAUCUCUUCGCAGAACUCUUCUUGCAAUCUGGGCCUCCUGCCUUCCUGCGAGGAGUUGGACAACAAAGGAUUCAGAGUGGCAGACAAGGAGAGCAUGUUGGCAUCACUAGGGUCUCAUUCGACGGACCGAAGCUCUCCUCCACCCGGAUACAUUCCUGACGCACUCCAGCAAGUGGCAAGAAACGGUUCCUUCACUAGUAUCAACAGCGAAGGAGAGUUCAUUCCAGAGAGCAUGGACCAGAUGCUGGACCCGCUGAGCAUGAGCAGCCCGGAGAACUCUGCGUCUGGAAGUUGUCCUUCUUUAGAUAGCCCAUUGGACAGUGAAUACCCAAAAUCAAGGAUGCCAAGAGCACAGAGUUACCCUGACAACCAUCAGGAUUUUCCAGAAUACGACAUCCCUGUCUUCGACAAGUCUGGAAAAGGAGGCACGUACCCUCGGCGAUACGGCGUUCCCUUCGGCCUGCAAGAUUACAGUGAUGGGAGGAAGACCUUCCCUCGUGCUCGGCGAACGCAGGCACACGGUCUCCGCUCUCCUGUCAGCUUCAGUCCCACUGAGCAGUCGCCCAGCACUAGCAGCGGCAGCAGCGUGUUCACCCCCGACCUGGAAGACGGCGCCGCGCCUGCCAGGCGGCCUCGCAGGGGAAGUGAUAUUGAGACAAACCAGUCCAGCACUCCGAGCCUGUCGGUCAUGGACAUCAGCCCGCCCAGCCGCUCUCCACGCGCGCCCACCAACUGGCGACUUGGGAAGCUUCUCGGGCAGGGCGCCUUCGGACGGGUUUUCCUUUGCUACGACGCAGAUACUGGACGAGAACUAGCAGUCAAACAGGUCCAGUUCGAUCCAGAGAGUCCAGAGACGAGCAAGGAGGUGAGUGCUUUGGAGUGUGAAAUCCAGCUGUUAAAAAACCUUUGUCACGAACGUAUUGUCCAGUACUACGGUUGUCUGCGAGACUCCAUGGAGCGAACGCUCUCCAUCUUCAUGGAAUACAUGCCUGGAGGUUCCAUAAAGGACCAAGUGAAGUCCUACGGUGCACUGACGGAGAACGUGACGCGUCGUUACACCAGGCAAAUACUUGAGGGAGUUUCCUACCUGCACAGCAACAUGAUUGUUCACAGGGAUAUCAAAGGGGCCAACAUCCUGCGAGACUCUGUAGGAAAUGUCAAGUUGGGUGACUUCGGAGCCAGUCGGAGGCUGCAGACCAUUUGUCUGUCAGGAACGGGGAUCAAGUCGGUGACGGGCACGCCAUACUGGAUGAGUCCAGAAGUAAUCAGUGGUGAGGGCUACGGCAGGAAGGCUGACAUCUGGAGUGUCGGCUGCACUGUUGUUGAGAUGUUGACCCAACGACCCCCCUGGGCGGAGUUUGAAGCUAUGGCGGCCAUUUUUAAGAUUGCCACGCAGCCCACCAAUCCCGUGUUACCUGCCCACGUGUCGGACCACUGCAGAGAAUUCCUCAAACGUAUCUUCGUGGAGACCAAGCAGCGCCCAUGUGCCGACGAGCUGCUAAGGCACAUCUUUGUACAUUAA